AUGGCUUACCUAGGAAUAACAAAAUUCAAAUGCUUCUUCAUCUGCGAUUUAAACUGCACUGCCUUUCCUACGGGCAUCGAGCUGCGCGCGAGCGGCCUCACGGGCCUAACAUUAUCUGUUCAGGAGCUCCGCCGCAGGCCGGCUCCCCGGCUGGGGACAGCCCGCUGCAGGGAGCGGUGCCGCAUCCCCCUGAGCAGCUGCGGCCGCGCCGCGCUCCCCGCGCCGUGCCCGGAGGAAGAGCAGCCGCUCCCACUCACCGCCCGCCGGCCCGGCGCGAUCCCCAGCCCGCCGCCGCCACUGCCGCGGGACGAACGCCUCCGUCCGCUUCCGGGGUCGCGCGCCCCGCUGCCUGCUGGGAGUUGGAGUUCGGGACGCGCUCUCGGGACCCACUCUCGGCCUCUGCCCGCGCAGGGCUCGGGGAGUAGAGGAGGGGAGCUGCAGCGAGAACUGGAGGAAUUUGUUCACCUUUGUCCAGGGGGAGUGGGACUUCAACAUUUCUCUUCAAAAGACUCUGUUCAAGACUGUUCACCAGAACAGGAUCUUCUCCUUCCCUGGUGCUCUCAAACUUUCAUGACGAUCGAGAGGCAAAGAAUGCAGGAAAUUUCGGACAGACACUCACAGAGGCCUGAAGAACUUAACAUGAACAGAUUGGGAGUAGCCAGAAGAUACACAGGAGCUAAGUGAAAAAUACCCCCUGGUGCAGUUGGAGAUACUUCAUCUGGGAAAAGACUGAUAAGAGAACCAAAGAAUAAGGACCAAGUUAGCAACAAAGGCAAAGGUAUCAAUAACCAAUAGGAGAUCAAAUACUAAGAAUUGUGUAAUUUAAGACCAAUGAACAAGAAUUUCUUUGCAUUUUGUGUGUAUGAAUAUGUGAAAAGUCUGGUAAAGAACCACAUGUGAUGGAAUUAUUUUCACUGCACAGCCCAUGCAUGUGUGGAUGAAAUAACUUCUAUUGCACAUGGCCAAAAUAAAGUGUUAUGAAUAAAAAGUUAUCUAUUUUUG